AUGUUGCUGCUUGAUGUGACAGAUGUGACAGACGUGACAGACGGGACAGACGGGAUAGAUGUGACAGACGUGACAGACGUGACAGACGGGACAGACGUGACAGACGUGACAGACGUGACAGACGUGACAGAUGGGACAGACGGGACAGACGUGACAGAUGGGACUUACGGGACAGACGUGACAGAUGGGACAGACGUGACAGAUGGGACAGACGGGACAGACGUGACAGAUGGGACAGACGGGACAGAUGGGACAGACGUGACAGAUGGGACAGACGUGACAGAUGGGACAGACGUGACAGACGUGACAGACGUGACAGACGGGACAGAUGGGACAGACGUGACAGAUGGGACAGACGUGACAGACGUGACAGACGGGACAGAUGGGACAGACGUGACAGAUAGGACAGACGGGAUAGAUGUGACAGACGUGACAGACGUGACAGACGUGACAGAUAGGACAGACGGGAUAGAUGUGACAGACGUGACAGACGUGACAGACGGGACAGAUGGGACAGACGGGACAGACGUGACAGAUGGGACUUACGUGACAGAUGGGACAGACGGGACAGACGUGACAGAUGGGACAGACGUGACAGAUGGGACAGACGGGACAGACGUGACAGAUGGGACAGACGGGACAGAUGGGACAGACGGAACAGAUGGGACAGACGGGACAGAUGGGACAGACGGGACAGAUGGGACAGACGUGACAGACGGGACAGACGUGACAGACGGGACAGACGGGACAGAUGGGACAGACGGAACAGACGGGACAGACGUGACAGACGUGACAGACGUGACAGACGUGACAGACGGGACAGAUGUGACAGACGGGACAGAUGUGACAGAUGGGACAGACGGGACAGACGGGACAGACGGGACAGACGUGACAGACGUGACAGACGUGACAGAUGUGACAGACGGGACAGAUGUGACAGAUGUGACAGAUGUGACAGAUGGGACAGAUGUGACAGAUGGGACAGAUGGGACAGACGGAACAGACGGGACAGACGGGACAGAUGGGACAGACGGAACAGACGGGACAGACGUGACGGACGGGAGAGACGUGACAGAUGUGACAGAUGUGACAGAUGUGACAGACGGGAUAGAUGUGACAGACGUGACAGACGUGACAGACGGGACAGACGGGACAGAUGGGACAGACGUGACAGACGGGACAGAUGGGACAGACGUGACAGACGGAACAGACGGGACAGACGGGACAGACAGACGUGACAGAUGUGACAGACGUGACAGACGGGACAGACGGGACAGACAUGGGACAGACGGGACAGACGUGACAGAUGGGACAGACGUGACAGAUGGGACAGACGGGACAGACGUGACAGAUGGGACAGACGGGACAGAUGGGACAGACGUGACAGAUGGGACAGACGUGACGGACAGGAGAGACGUGACAGAUGUGACAGAUGUGACAGAUGUGACAGACGGGAUAGAUGUGACAGACGUGACAGACGUGACAGACGGGACAGACGGGACAGACGGGACAGACGGGACAGAUGGGACAGACGUGACAGACGUGACAGAUGGGACAGACGUGACAGAUGGGACAGACGGGACAGACGUGACAGAUGGGACAGACGGGACAGAUGGGACAGACGUGACAGACGGGACAGACGUGACGGACGGGAGAGACGUGACAGAUGUGACAGAUGUGACAGAUGUGACAGACGGGAUAGAUGUGACAGACGUGACAGACGUGACAGACGGGACAGACGGGACAGACGGGACAGACGGGACAGAUGGGACAGACGUGACAGACGGGACAGAUGGGACAGACGUGACAGACGGAACAGACGGGACAGACGGGACAGACGGGACAGACGUGACAGAUGUGACAGACGUGACAGACGGGACAGACGGGACAGACGUGACAGACGUGACAGACGGGACAGAUGGGACAGACGGGACAGACGUGACAGAUGGGACUUACGUGACAGAUGGGACAGACGGGACAGACGUGACAGAUGGGACAGACGUGACAGAUGGGACAGACGGGACAGACGUGACAGAUGGGACAGACGGGACAGAUGGGACAGACGUGACAGAUGGGACAGACGUGACAGAUGGGACAGACGUGACAGAUGGGACAGACGUGACAGACGUGACAGACGGGACAGAUGGGACAGACGUGACAGAUAGGACAGACGGGAUAGAUGUGACAGACGGAACAGACGGGACAGACGUGACAGACGGGACAGACGUGACAGAUGUGACAGACGUGACAGACGGGACAGACGUGACAGACGUGACAGACGGGACAGACGUGACAGACGUUACUAACGCCGUUACUUUUUUCAGUAACGAGUAA